AUGGUUCAAUUUCUAGGCACAGUGCGCGUAACUCCUUCCCUAGCCAGUUUUGCACCUUACAGACGCCAAAUCAAUCUCAACCACUCCCCAUUUUCACUUUCAAGAAAUGGGUUCUCCCCCUUCAAAAGGAUUCUUCAAGCUUGCCUUCAAUCAAAUGCUAGUAGAAAUGCGGAUGCACAGUUACAGGCUGACCAGUCUGAAAUCAUAUUUAUGGGGACGGGGACUAGCGAAGGGAUUCCACGCCUCAGCUGCCUUACCAAUCCUUCAAAUAAAUGUCCGGUAUGCUCAAAAGCCGUGGAACCAGGUAACAAGAACAGGAGACUUAACACAGGCCUCCUUAUUCGCUAUGGUGGACCCUCCGGUCUGGAUGAUCUCCGUGAUUGGACAAACAAUGUGCAGCCACACAUUCCAAUUUAUGUUGCAGAACGUGAUUUUGAGGUGAUGAAGAAGACUCAUUAUUAUUUGGUGGAUACAAGUGUGGUUACACCAGGUGCUGCUGUCUCAGAGUUGCAAUUUAACCUCAUACAUGAAGAGCCCUUUGUUGUGGAUGAUUUGAAGUUUACCCCUUUACCAGUGUGGCAUGGUCGUGAUUAUCGUUCUCUUGGUUUUCGAUUUGGUAACAUAUGUUACAUCAGUGAUGUUAGUGAAAUACCUCAAGAAACAUAUCCGCUCCUUAAGGACUGUGAGCUCCUGAUUAUGGAUGCUUUGCGGCCUGAUCGGUCUUCUUCAACACACUUUGGACUUCCAAGGGCCUUAGAGGAAGUACGGAAAAUUCAACCAAGGAGAACACUUUUCACUGGUAUGAUGCACCUGAUGGAUCAUGAUAAUGUGAAUGAGUAUCUUACAAAAUUGAUGGAGACAGAAGGUCUUGAUGUACAACUAAGCUACGAUGGGUUGUGUGUGCCAGCAUUUUAUAGCAUAAAAGUUGAACCUCAAAUGUCAAUUGGUUACUCUGGAGCUGGACUAACUUAG